AUGAUCAGGACACUCGCCGGCAAGAGGGCACGGGUCAAGGAGAGAAGGAGAAGGAGAAGAAGCGACAAGGAGAGGUCGGCGAAGGAAGGAGAGCGUGCUCUGUGCUCGUGGCACGGCUCCUGGGACGACUUGGCAGGUGCCUGGGUGUUGUUGGUGUGGGAGUGGGAAGCUAACGAGUUUUGGCACGUCUGCUACACCACGGUCGACGUGGUCCAGAAAAAAGAUGCCCCGCUCAUUGUAUUCGCAGGCGUUCCGAAUGCUGACGUGCACCAAGAGCUUUUGAACCACCCCCUGCACCGCAAUCGGGUCGUGCUCACAGUGCAGCGUAAAGCAUACUGCGACGAGCGCAUGAUGCUGGACUGGAUCGAUGAGGUUUGGGGGCCUGAAGCAAGCAACCAGCGGCUUCUAUUGCUGGACAGCCUAAAAACGUAUAAAAUGGCAAGUGCGCGCGCCAAGUUGGAGGAAGAUUACUGCUCGGAGGUAGAGUUUGUUCUACCAGGGAUCACGGGGCUCGCUCAACCGAUGGACGUAUCAAUCGUGCUGUUGGCGUGGGAAAGUAUUGAGGAGAAGCGUAUCGCUAGGGGAUUCGUGAAUGCAGGGUUCGUGCCCAUCGGACCGCGAGAGGCUGACGGCACCUUCAGAGUUCCGGAGCCGACAAGUGAGUCUGUUAGCGUAGAAGAAGAAGAAGAGUCUGAAACUGAAUAA